AUGGACCUGCAGGUUGAUCGUACAUAUGAUAUUCAGGUUGUGUCUUGCAGAUUUCGGCAUUCGAAUUAUUUGUCUGUAGCUAUGGCUGGCGCUAAAAAUUAUCUGAUUCUUUAUAAUUCAGUUCUAUUCGUGGGCUGGUCGGUGAUAUUCGCAAAGUUGUUGAUCAACGUGUUCAGCGGUAUUUCGCCGUACCUCCUUUUCCCGAUCGUCGCCAGGUACUUGAAGCUCUUCCAGACACUGGCUGUGUUGGAGAUUGUGCACAGUGCGUUGCAUAUUGUUCGAUCGCCCAUUCUGACGACUGCCGUGCAGGUGUUCUCGCGCCUGGUCAUCCUGUGGCCUGUGACGAACAGCGUCUUGGAAGUAAGUCGAGCAAGUUUCGAGCUUAUUGGACGGUACGAAUUUCAAUUUGAUAUUUAG